GAAUUUUAGCUCGUCAACUCUACGCACUCCCUUCGAAUCUAAUCUUUAACCCAGCUUCCCAAAAACGCACAGAAAGAAAAAAAAUCAUCAGCGAUGGAUCCAAAUCCAAAGAAUUUCCCGAUUCUAUCCUACGUCAUGGACAAGCUGCCCACCUUCAAGCGCAACUCCUCCUCCGCCGCCGAUCUCGACGUCGAGAACCCGCCGGAGGCGACGCCCAAGCCGCAGGAGCCUCACUUUGAGAUCACCGAGCGGAUGCCGCACCUCAAGAACCACAAGCUCAUCGCCGACAUGCGCCGCGCUGUGACCGACGUUGUGCAGACCCGAUCCACCCUCGCAGCCCUUGGGACCCGGCCCGACCACGAGACCGUCGACGCGGCUCGCCUGAGGCUGGCCGAGAUUGAGGCCCACUCGUCCAAUGACUCGGCGGAGGUGCAGGAAGAGUGCGGGAUCUAUAAGGCGGUGAUAUCGCUGGAGGAGAUGCACGUGGCGUACGAGAAGAUGCUCAGCGAGGCGGAGAGGCGGCUGGAGAAGAUCUAUGAGGCUGCGCUGUCUGGGGCGGAGGCGGUUGAGGAGGAAGGCGAGGGAAAGGAUGGGGAUGCGGCGGAAGAGGAAAUCAAUGAAGAAGUUGUGGCGAUCUUGAAGGAGGCGGAGUCCGGGAAGGCGGUUGAGAAGGUCGAUUUGUCUGAGAGAGGGCUGAGGAUCCUUCCGGAGGCGUUUGGGAGGUUGAAGUCGUUGGUUGUGCUGAAUUUGACUGAUAAUCAACUUGAGGUAAUUCCUGAUUCAAUAGCUGGACUAGAAAAUCUCGAGGAGCUCUAUCUUUCAUCGAAUCUUUUAGAGUCGCUGCCCGAUUCCAUCGGUCUAAUGUUUAAGCUAAAAAUCUUGGAUGUCUCUCGAAACAAGCUCACUACCCUACCGGACAGUAUUUGUCAAUGCAUGUUAUUGGUCGAGCUGGACGCGAGUUUCAACAAACUCACAUACCUCCCAACAAACAUCGGGCUUGAAAUGAAAAACCUCAAACGUCUCUCGAUCAACCUAAACAAGAUCCGUUCACUGCCCACAUCAAUUGGUGAGAUGAAAUCCCUGCGCAUUUUAGACGUCCAUUUUAACGAGCUCCAUGGCCUCCCGAAUUCAAUCGGGAAACUGAACAACCUCGAGAUACUCAACCUCAGCAGCAACUUCAGUGACUUGACUGAACUUCCGGACACGAUCACAGACCUUACGAACCUCAAAGAACUCGACUUGAGCAACAACCAGAUUCACGCGCUGCCCGACAAAUUUGGCCGGCUCUCGAGUUUGACCAAGCUCAACGUUGACCAAAAUCCUCUUGUGGUGCCUCCGAAGGAGGUUGUGGCCCAAGGGGUUGAAGCUAUUAAGGCUUACAUGGCUAAAAGAUGGAUUGAGAUACUGAGGCAGGAAGAUGAGAAAAACGCGCAAAUUGUUGAGGAUGAGGCGCAAGCUGGUUUGUUGACCAGAAGCACGUCUUGGUUGAACAACUUUGUCUCGAAUGUUAGUGGGACCGUCUCGGGAUACUUGGGAAAAGGGGGGAAAUCGGAUGCUGACUCUUACCUGAAUCAGCAGCUAUAAUUUGAGUCCCAAAAUUUAUUUAAUUUUCUGGAUGCUCACUAGCUAGAACAGCAUGUUGGGGUUUAGUUAUCAGUUACUUUGUGUUUGUCAAACAAUUUAAAGGUACAGUUUUUGAGAUUGAUGCAGAUUUGAAGAGGGGUAUUUGUAAUUUUGGGAGAUACCCGUGUUUUUUUUUUUUCCCUGUAACUAAACUGGGCAUUACUGCCUUACUGGUACUUUUUUUUGCAAUUCUCCACAUUUUUCGCUUAAUUUGCAUGAAGUUUUGUACCAGAUGCCAAACUCCUAUGUCUGUAUUUCGGCUUUUUAUUGGUUUGUUUAUACUUUUUGUCGACGAUGGCCAAUCGGAUGCACGGUAAUUAGCUGGG